AUGGCAACAAAAAAAUUUACAGAGUACUCCAAUAUCCCACAUAGUCAAGAUGAAACCCAGCUACUCCAGCCAGCAACGGAACCAGAACAGAACGAGGACGACAAGGGCAAUGAUGAGUGCCCGCCAGAGUUGCAGCUUUUUCGAUGGGAGAACGUGCUCAUUCCAGCCUGUUACUUGUGCGUUGGAUUAACACAAGGCUUGAACCGACCACUUUUGAAUGUUUAUCCACUGGAUCUUGGUGCCAAUGAAUCACAACAAGCAACCAUUGGUCUUGUCCUAAUGAUUCCAGCAACCAUGAAAAUAAUCUUUGGAUUCCUGUCGGACAACUUUCCCAUUUUGGGAUAUCGACGAAAGUCUUAUAUGCUCAUUGGAUGGCUUUCGGUAACGUUCAUCAUGAUUUUGUUACACCAAAACUCAGAUUUGAGAAUGGCAUACAAUGAAUAUGGGGAUGCUGUUCCGCCCAAGGAUGCGCCAUCAGUAGAAUUAGUGAGCAUCACUUUUUUGGUUUCAAGUAUAGGCAUGUGGAUGGCCGAUGUCAUGGGAGAUUCGAUUGUCGCUGAGAAAGCAAGACUCGAGCCCAAAUCAAGGAAGGGGCAGCUUCAAUCUACAUGUUAUGCUAGUCGGUUCUUUGGAAUGAUGGUCGCUGCUCCUCUCUCCACUGUUAUGUACAGUCACUAUGGGCCAGGCUCUGUUGUUCUUUUGAUUGCAUGCACACCCCUUCCUAUCGUUCCAAUUUUAUUUGCCUUUUCCGAGAGCAAAGCGCGGCCGUCUCAGCCCAUCAAAGAACAUCUCACCGAGAUUUGGCAUGCGGUAUGCUUUCGAGCAGUUUGGCAACCACUUGGAUUUCUAUACUUUUUCAAUUUGCUCCAAGUCCAAAAUUCCGCUUGGAGGCAGUAUCUUAGUACUGUACUUGAUUUUACCGCACAGGAACUCAACUGGCUACUGGUGGCUUCCUACAUCUUUACAUUCGUUGGGACUAUGGCCUACAAAGAAUAUUUUUUGAAAACAAGCUGGCGUCGAGUGUAUCAAUUCUGUAUCUUGACCAAUGGUCUCUUGACGUGCACGCAACUUCUCCUGAUCAAAGGAAAGACGUUUGGGCUCUCUAACUUUUGGUUUUCGCUGGGAGACGAUGCAGCACAAGAAUUCAUUUCAGGUGUCCAGUUCUUGCCUGCAUCAAUCAUGAUUGUCAAUCUCUGCCCCCCAGGAAGUGAGGGUGCUUCGUAUGCCUUAUACACGACGAUGUGGAACGUUGGUAUGAUACUUGCACCAUCCAUCAGUAGUGUGUUACUUUCCAUCUGGGAUGUUAGUGUUGAAGCCUUGGAGGCUGGUAAUUUGGAUGGUUUGUUCAAGUUGUCGUUACUGACAGCAGUGAUAAAGACAAGUCCAAUAUUCCUCCUAUUCCUACUUCCUCAGACUCGGGACCAACUCUUUGACAUGACCGCGAAACCAAGCGUCCUCGGAGGGACAAUCUUUCUGCUGGUCCUAUUUGGGUCAAUGUUUUACAUUAUCGUCGUUGGCAUUCUCAACAUUGUUGAUCCAGGCUGGGCUGGAGCUUCGUAG